AUGCCGGGGGGCAAGAGAGGGCUGGUGGCACCGCAGAACACAUUUUUGGAGAACAUCGUCAGACGCUCUAGUGAAUCAAGUUUUUUACUGGGAAAUGCCCAAAUUGUGGACUGGCCUAUAGUUUAUAGUAAUGACGGUUUUUGUAAACUCUCUGGAUAUCAUCGAGCUGACGUUAUGCAGAAAAGUAGCACUUGCAGUUUUAUGUAUGGGGAACUGACAGACAAGAAGACCAUUGAGAAAGUCAGGCAAACUUUUGACAACUAUGAGUCAAACUGCUUUGAAGUUCUUCUGUACAAGAAAAACAGAACUCCUGUUUGGUUCUAUAUGCAAAUAGCACCAAUCAGAAAUGAACAUGAAAAGGUGGUCUUGUUCCUGUGUACUUUCAAGGAUAUUACCCUGUUCAAGCAGCCAAUAGAAGAUGAUUCUACAAAAGGUUGGACAAAGUUUGCCCGAUUGACCCGGGCUUUGACAAAUAGCCGAAGUGUUUUGCAGCAGCUCACUCCAAUGAACAAAACAGAAGUGGUCCACAAACACUCAAGAUUAGCUGAAGUUCUUCAGCUGGGAUCAGAUAUUCUUCCUCAGUACAAACAAGAAGCUCCAAAGACUCCACCACACAUUAUUUUACACUAUUGUGCUUUUAAAACAACCUGGGAUUGGGUGAUUUUAAUUCUUACUUUCUACACCGCCAUUAUGGUUCCUUACAACGUUUCCUUCAAAACAAAACAGAACAACAUAGCCUGGCUGGUGCUGGACAGUGUGGUGGAUGUUAUUUUUCUUGUAGACAUUGUUUUAAAUUUCCACACGACUUUUGUUGGUCCUGGUGGAGAGGUCAUUUCUGACCCCAAGCUCAUAAGGAUGAACUAUCUGAAAACUUGGUUUGUGAUAGAUCUUCUGUCUUGUUUACCUUAUGACAUCAUCAAUGCCUUUGAAAAUGUGGAUGAGGGGAUCAGCAGCCUCUUCAGUUCUUUGAAAGUGGUGCGUCUUCUACGUCUGGGCCGUGUUGCUAGGAAGUUGGACCAUUACCUGGAAUACGGUGCUGCUGUAUUGGUGCUGUUGGUGUGUGUAUUUGGACUAGUCGCUCACUGGCUAGCCUGCAUUUGGUACAGUAUUGGGGAUUAUGAAGUCAUUGAUGAAGUCACGAAUCGCAUCCAAAAUGAUAGCUGGCUUUAUCAGUUGGCCAUGAGUAUUGGGACGCCUUAUCAGUACAAUACCAGUACAGGGGCAUGGGAAGGAGGACCCAGCAAGGACUCCUUGUAUGUCUCCUCCCUCUACUUUACCAUGACAAGCCUUACCACAAUAGGAUUUGGAAACAUAGCUCCAACCACUGACGUGGAGAAGAUGUUUUCUGUGGCCAUGAUGAUGGUUGGCUCCCUCCUAUAUGCAACUAUUUUUGGAAAUGUGACUACAAUUUUCCAGCAAAUGUAUGCCAACACCAACCGCUACCAUGAGAUGCUGAACAAUGUCCGGGACUUCCUAAAAUUGUAUCAAGUCCCUAAAGGCCUUAGUGAAAGAGUCAUGGAUUAUAUCGUCUCCACAUGGUCUAUGUCAAAAGGCAUUGACACAGAGAAGGUCCUCUCCAUUUGUCCAAAGGACAUGAGAGCAGAUAUCUGUGUGCAUCUGAACCGCAAGGUAUUUAACGAGCAUCCUGCCUUCCGACUGGCCAGUGAUGGAUGCCUACGCGCCUUGGCAGUGGAAUUCCAAACAAUUCACUGUGCUCCAGGAGACCUCAUCUACCAUGCUGGAGAAAGUGUGGAUGCCCUCUGCUUUGUGGUAUCAGGAUCCCUCGAAGUUAUACAGGAUGAUGAGGUGGUGGCUAUUUUAGGGAAAGGGGAUGUAUUUGGAGAUAUCUUCUGGAAGGAAACCACCCUUGCCCAUGCUUGUGCCAAUGUCCGGGCGCUAACAUACUGUGAUUUACACAUCAUCAAGCGGGAAGCCUUGCUCAAAGUCCUGGACUUCUACACAGCUUUUGCAAAUUCCUUCUCAAGGAAUCUCACUCUCACUUGCAAUCUAAGGAAAAGGAUUAUUUUCCGUAAAAUCAGCGAUGUGAAAAAGGAAGAGGAGGAGCGUCUUCGACAGAAAAACGAGGUAACCCUCAGUAUCCCAGUGGACCACCCUGUCCGGAAGCUUUUCCAAAAGUUCAAGCAGCAGAAGGAACUAAGAAAUCAAGGAUCCACCCAGAGCGAUCCGGAAAGGAACCAACUUCAGGUGGAGAGCCGUUCCUUACAAAAUGGGGCUUCUAUCACUGGCACCAGCGUGGUCACCGUUUCUCAGAUCACCCCAAUCCAGACUUCCCUGGCCUAUGUGAAAACCAGUGAGUCCCUAAAACAGAAUAACCGAGACGCAAUGGAACUCAAGCCAAAUGGCAAUACUGACCCAAAGUGUCUCAAAGUCAACAGCCCCAUGAGAAUGAAGAAUGGAAACGGAAAAGGCUGGUUACGGCUGAAGAAUAAUAUGGGUGGCCACGAGGAGAAAAAAGAAGACUGGAAUAAUGUCACAAAGGCUGAGUCGAUGGGUUUAUUGUCAGAUGACCCCAAGUGCAGUGACUCAGAGACCAGCGUGACUAAAAAUCCUUUAAGGAAAACAGAUUCUUGUGACAGUGGAAUCACCAAAAGUGAUCUCCGUUUGGAUAAAGCUGGUGAGACUCGGAGUCCCCUGGAGCACAGCCCUAUUCAGGCUGAUGCAAAACAUCCCUUUUAUCCCAUUCCCGAGCAGGCCUUACAGACCACACUGCAGGAAGUCAAACACGAACUCAAAGAUGACAUUCACCUGCUAAGCUGCAGAAUGACUGCCCUGGAAAAGCAGGUGGCAGAGAUUUUGAAACUACUCUCUGAAAAGAACAUCCCCCAGACCUCUUCACCCAAAUCCCAAGUGCCACCACAGGCACCUUCCCAAAUACCAUGUCAGGACAUUUUUAGCGUUUCGAGGCCAGAGUCUCCCGAAUCUGAAAAAGAUGAAAUCCACUUUUAA